CAUCUCUCUCUCUCUCUCUCUCUCUCUCUCUAAAACAUGAGCUCGUCGACAAGAACAAGAUCAAGAACAGCGACGGCCUCCUCAGCCGCCGCGUCAAGAAGACGGCGGCGAGCCAGCAAGCUGGCGCGCGCCUGCAUGAGCAAGCGGCGGAGGCCGGUCGGAGGCACGUGCUCCUCCUCCUCCUCCAAUGACGCCGUCUCGGAGAAGCUGGAAGCCCUGAAGAACCUCAUCCCGGUCACCAGGGACGGCGGCGACGACGCCGUCGCCACUGACGAGCUCUUUCAAGAAACGGCGGAUUACAUACUCCGGUUGAGGACCCAGGUCGUCGUCCUCCAGAAGCUGAUCCACUUCUACGGAUCGGCCGAUCUUCCCGAGAAGCAACGCGAGAUCGACGACGCUUCCUCUGUAUUAUAGUCUCCAGCCUCCCCCACGAGAAAAGACGAUGGUUCUUCAGAUUGAACUCCGACGGAAAAAAUGCUUUUGGCUGGCGACAUAGCAAGCGCAGAGGAAAAUUCUGGAAUAUCUUGUACGAAAUUAGAAGGAAAGAGACAUCAUUUGGGCUCAGAUUGUCGUUGGACAUCAUUUUCUUGAUUUUUUUUCUUCCUUUCUUCACUUUUAUUUUCUCGUCGGACCGCAUUUUUCCAAGAAAAUAUGUUAUAUAUAGUUUCUGUCUUCUAUCCAUAUAUCUCGGUCCAUUUUUUUUGUUUAUGUAGGCUCCUAGUUUGCAAUUCUCACGAAGUUCUUCUUAUUUCCAUAUCAUGGUGUAUGUAAUAGCUCAGAUUAAACUAAUUUCCCGUCGCUCCUAGAC